AUGGCCUCAGGAUUCAUCGAAAUUGCAAACAAGCAGGGUCUCACCGCGACUCUUCUCCCGUUCGGUGCCACGUUGGCAAAAUUAACAUUUCCGGACAAAAACGGAAAGAAUCAGGAUUUGGUGUUAGGAUUUGACACUAUUGAUGAAUUCGAAAAAGACGCCGCCUCUAUUGGAAAGACUGUCGGAAGAGUCGCGAAUCGAAUCAAAAACUCGACAUUACACUUUGACGGGAAACAGUACACAAUGACGCCCAACAACGGGCCGCAUUAUCUUCACGGCGGGCCCAAUGGACUGGGAUAUAGAAAAUGGGAAGUAGUCCGCCACGCUCCAGAGUCGGUUUCCUUUAGCGUUCGGGCCAAUGAGCAGGAUGACGGGCUUCCUGGCGAUGCGAAAAUUGAUGUAACCUACACUGUAAAUGACCGUAACCAGCUCAUCAUCGAGCACCACGCGACAUGCGACACCCCGGGCCUGCUCGCUCUCACCAAUCACGCCUACUGGAACCUAGACGGCUCGGAUACCGUCGCCGAGCACUUUCUGGAGAUGGAAGCCGACGAGUUCGUGGAGGUGGACGAUACGUUCUGCCCAACUGGAGCCAUCCGAUCCGUCACCGACACCGGAUUCGAUUUUCGGAGUGGGAAGCAGCUGAAAGAGUCGGGGAAGGACGCGGAGGAGUUGCUGGAUUUGGAUAAUGAUUUAGUGAUCACUAAGAAGACCCCGCCAUCAACUCCAUCGACUUACUUGAGAUUUUGGAGCGAAAAGUCUGGAAUUGAACUUUCCAUCACAACUUCUUACCCGGUUAUUCAUCUCUAUGCGUCGAAAUUUUUGGAUUGUAAAGGCAAAAAGGGGGAGCAUUACAAGGCCAACAAGGCGUUGGCAAUCGAGCCACAAUUCCACUCGGCAGCUCCAAAUUUUGAUCACUUCCCCGACGUCUCUCUUCGCCCGGGAGACCACUACUGUCAGGAGAUUGUCUACACAUUUUCUCAUGUUAAUUGA